UCAACAAAAUUCUAUAUGUCGCUACUCUUGGUAACCUCUGUGUCGAUAUUGUGCUCAAUGUUCCUAAAUUGCCUCCGUCCUCCUUCGAACCCCGCAAGGCUUACAUGGAACGUAUAUCGGCUUCUCCUCCUGAUAAGCAAUACUGGGAAGCUGGUGGCAAUUGCAAUAUGGCUAUUGCAGCUGCCAGACUAGGACUUAAUUGUGUUGCAAUAGGUCAUUUGGGUAACGAAAUCUAUGGGAAGUUCCUUCUUGAUGUCCUUCAUGAUGAGGGAAUUGAUAUGGUUAGGAUGAGGGAAGAAACUGAUACCAUUUAUAAUACUAAUGCCUGUUAUGAGACACUCUUAUGCUGGGUCCUAGUGGAUCCUUUGCACAGACAUGGAUUUUGCAGUCGAGCUGAUUUUACCAAGGAGCCAACCUUCAGCUGGCUGAGCAAACUAUCAGAAGAAGUAAAGAUGGCCAUCAAAAGGUCAAGAGUCCUUUUCUGCAAUGGCUAUGGCUUUGAUGAGCUUUGCCCUAGUCUUCUAACAUCAGCACUAGAUUAUGCUACUAAAGUUGGGACAGCAGUCUUUUUCGAUCCUGGCCCACGUGGAAAGAGUCUUUCAAAUGGGACACCUGCAGAACAAAGAGCACUUAGCCAAUUCUUGAAGAUGAGUGACGUUCUUCUUCUGACAUCUGAUGAGGCUGAAUCCUUGACUGGCAUUGAGAAUGCUGUGCAAGCAGGGCAAGAGUUGUUGAAGAGAGGGGUACGCACAAAAUGGGUGAUUGUGAAAGUGGGUCCCAAGGGCUCAAUUCUAAUCACCAAGUCAAGCAUAUCUUGUGCACCUGCAUUUAAGGUGAAUGUCAUUGACACAGUUGGAUGUGGAGAUAGUUUUGUAGCUGCUAUUGCAUUUGGUUUUAUACACAUGUUGCCGCUGGUUAACACGUUAACAAUAGCAAAUUCUGUCGGUGCCGCAACUGCCAUGGGUUGUGGGGCUGGUAGGAAUGUGGCAAGACUUGAGCAACUGAUCGAACUCAUGAAGGCAUCAAAUCUCAAGGAGGAUGAUGAAUUUUGGAAAGAAUUACUAGACAAAAAUUAUGAUAAUCAACAAAUUUCGGUUCUUUCAAAAACUACCAUAAACGGAAGCAAAAAUAUGCUAAACCACCUUAAUUUGCAAAAGGUGGUUUCUGAAUUGCUCCCAAUGCUUGAAUCUGCUAGGUGCGAAGGAAAAUUGCCACCGUGAUGCACUCUAACUUGUUCUACCUUCUUAGCAUAGAUUUCAACUUUUCAGGCAGAAUUUGAGUUCUCAUCUUGAUCACCUUGGCCCCCUUAAUGCCAUGGAGUCUUCUUAUGCUUGGAAUGCGAGACGAUUAUCCGUUGGGGUUUGCUUCCAGCAGAAUUGUAUAUUGAGGUAAGCUUUAUUCAAGCGAAGACUGUAUGCUGACAGCUUAUAAGAAUAUGGUCUUUUUAGGUUAUAGUUUAGAGGUAGUGAUGGUGUGGCCGGCAGCUGACUUCCAGAUAAGGUUCUCCCAGCAGCCCUUCUUUACAUACCUAUACUGGGAAAGAUCAUAAAAUUUAUGUCAUUUUUUUUUCUUUUGCAGCUGAAUUCUUCUCAGCUUGAG